AAGACGUUUGUCAACUUAGGAAAUAUAUCAACAAAUCUCCAUGAAUCGGCCUUAAAUAACAGGUUCGUACAAGAACUCGAUUUAGAUUGAUAGGCGCGAUGCACUCGAUUACUUUUAUGUCAUAUUGUUCUACCAUGGUGUGAAUGAAGUGAGUUGUCAGCCAAUGAAUCAGACGACCGUGUGAACAGAAUACAUUCUGCCGGGAUCUGUGUUCAGGUGACAAUGAUUAUAGUGUAAAUUGUAAAAGGGGUGGGGGGGGGGAGGAGGGCCAAUAAAAAUACAAGGAUUAAUAACGAGCACAUUUCUUUCAGAAAGAUUUUGGAACGGUACAUUCAGUGUUGUGGAAUUUUGUGGAGCAAAACAACAACGAACGAAGAUUGGGGUGUCCAGAAUCCAAUCUAAAUGUCUUCCCAACAAGCCACAAAUUGCAUUAAAGUAGAGCUGGGGUUGAGUUUAAGUUGAGGUGAAUGUAGGACUGGGUUUGAGAUUAUUGUGAUAUAGGUCCUAUGUAGGACUGGACAUUAAGAUUAUUGUGAUGUAGGUCCCGUGUAAGACUGGGGUUGAGAUUAAUGUGAUGUAGGUCCUAUAUGGGACUAGGUUUGAGAUUAUCGUUAUGUAGUUCCUAUGUAGGACUGGGGUUGAGAUUAUCGUUAUGUAGUUCCUAUGUAGGACUGUGGUUGAGAUUAUUGUGAUGUAGGUCCUAUAUAGGACUAGAAUUGAGAUUAUUGGGCUGCAGGUCCCAUAUAGGACUGGGGUUGAGAUUAAUGUGACGUACAUUCUGAGGAAAACCCAAGCACCACAACUUAUGGGCACUCUUUACAAUCAACCCCUUCAAUAUCUUGCAUAUGCUGAUGAAAAGAGCACUGCUAUGGAAAAGGGUUAAAGACACACCAACGUUUUUUUUAUUGAACUAGAUGACUUACCACUACAAGCAACCCUGGAAGUUAACAUAAAAAAACAACAAUUUGCAUGACUAUGAUAAGAGAAGAACAGACAGAUGAAGCCAUUAAAACAUUAAAAUUAGAAACCAAACUUUUGAAAAAGUAAAUCAAUUCAAAUACCUAGGAUCUUUAUCAAAUGAAAGAAACGAAUUACUAACAGAAAUAAAAGAAAGAACAUCAGCCUGAAACAGGGCAAACUUCAGUAGCCAGAAAAUACUCAGAAGUAAAAACAUUACAAGAGAAACAAAGAAAACUAUUUAUAAAACUGUAAUUAGACCAGUUGUAACAUAUGCAAGUGAAACCUGAAGCCUAACAAAAAAACAAAAAAACAACAGAAAACCCAUUAAACACAUGGGCGAGAAAAUUUCUCAGAAAAAUAUAUGGACCAACAAAGGAUGAAUAUGGAUGGAGAAUACGAACCAACCAAGAAUUGUACAGUCUAUAUCAGGAUCCGCCGAUAAUAGCAGAAAUAUAAAAAAAAGGGCAGGCUACGCUGGGCAGGACACUUAGAGAGAAUGCCAAAUGACAGAGGAAGGAAGUGGUGAGGCAGGCCAAGCCCUACAUGGGCUGUAGCGCCACAGGGAUGGAUGGAUGGAUGUCCAUAUCUAGAACUGGAUUUGAGAUUAUUGUGACGUAAGUCCCAUGUAGCACUGUGGUUGAGAUUAACCUGUGGUAUUUCUAGGACCGGGGUUGAGAUUAACCUGUGGUAUUUCUAGGACCGGGGUUGAGAUUAACCUGUGGUAUUUCUAGGACGGGGUUGAGAUUUAAUUGUGAUGUAUGUCCUACUGGGUUGGGUGAUGAACAAAAUCAUAUGUUGAUGUCCAUCUAACAGGGUGAUGAACAAAUCAUAUGUUGAUGUCCAUCUAACAGACUUAAAAGUAUGAAAAGAUCAGACACGUUCGUACACGUUCCAAAAUUAAAAUAACAAUUAAUGAAAGGGUAACAAUGUUUAAAAUAAAUGUAAUAUUUCACGUACUAGAUUUUUCAUUUAAACACUCAGUGAUUAAUUCAUAGUUUAAGGUUGUCCACCUUUGUUUCAGACACUGUCAUGUUCCGUUUGUACCAAGAGCCUGGAGAACGUCACAGCCCUUUGACUUAUGAGGAACAAAGUGACUUGGCCUUGUACGAUGCUGUGUUGACCAAUGACAUGCCUCAGCUCAAGUAUUUAGCACACCACACCAAACGUGAUUUGAAUGACUGUUUCCUUGUGGUCAGACAGAAGAAACACGAGUACUUAAACCCUAUGCACCUGGUGUCCACCUGCGGCCACGCCCCCAUGCUUAAAUUUCUCAUCGAGGCCGGAUGUGACGUCAACAAGAUGGGGAAGAGGCUGAAGAGAACCCCCGUGCACAUGGCUGUUCUCAGCAACAACAUGAGCUGCCUGCAGCUCCUCAUCACAGCUCGGGCCAAGCUCGACAUGCGAGACGUCUUCGGGAACUCCCCUUGUCAUUACGCCGCCGAGCUCGGCCUUCACGGGAUGCUGGACAUGAUGAUACGGAUAGGGACGCAGGUCAACAGCCAGGACAUUACAGCCAAGACGCCGCUGAUGAAGGCUGUUCGUAACAACAAGACCGAGUCGACCCUGCGGUUAAUCAGGGCCAACGCGGACCUGAACAUAGCGGACAGGAACAAUGAGGUGGCACUGCACUUCGCAGCGCGGAAUGGUAACGUGGAAACGGUAGACGUUUUGCUCUCUUCAGGAAGUCUAAUCGAUGUCCAGAAUUUGUGGGGGAGGAGCCCUCUCAUGGAGGCCGUGUCGUACAACAACAGAGAUGUCGUCCAGCGUUUGCUGGCCGCUGGCUGUGAUACUAACAAGCGUGAAAGCAAGACCGGAGACACGGCGUUGCACAUUGCACUGCGCAGGAAGUACUCCAGAGUGGUCGAACUGCUGCUGAGGUACACGUUGCUGUCCCCUGGCCACACGCUCAACAUGAUCGCCACAUACGACUGGGACGUUCACAGGUACACAGACCUACUGAGAGAACAAGAAGGCCUUCAGAACACACUUUUCCUAAUGGCUGCUACCGAGCAUUGCUAUAACACCUGCCAGCUGCUCGUUUCCCUGGGUUCCAUAGACCAGAGUGCGCGCCCGACACUGCAGGCAAGACUUGAAAGCAUUGACCCUUCCGAUUCCAACCACCAAAGCCUUCUCAAACUGCUGGCGACCAUGAAAACGGUCAUCCCCCUGAAACAUGCCUGUCGCAACGUCAUACGACGACGUGUCGGCCUCGAGCUGACCAGGAAGAUCUCCACCCUGCCCAUCCCUCUUGUACUAAAGGAUUAUCUUUUAUUCAAGUGUGAGCAUGCCAGAUUUAUGGCAUCGGAUUAAACCCAACUGGCACAGCGUGUAUUUUACCGUGACAUUUCAGAAGUGAAACGCAUUUCUUUCUUCUCUUAAAAAGUAACAGUGCCUAUUUACUGUUAGAAAAAAUUAUGCUUUGGCCGUGGCAGAGCUGACAACACGAAGGAGUCCUAUCACCAAACAGCGGUGCUCGUAAACUAAAGUCUGGUUUUGAUUAAGAAAUAUUGUAUUAAUUUAUUGCUAUAUUGUAGUGCUGGGAGAAAAUAAUGUGUAAAUCAGGGUUUCCCAACCAUGGGCUCUCGCACCGGGGGGUGCGAGGUUGCAUUUCAGGGUUUAUGAGUUGACAUUUCAGGGUUUAUGAGUUGACAUUUCAGGGUUUAUGAGUUGACAUUUCAGGGUUUAUGAGUUGACAUUUCAGGGUUUAUGAGUUGACAUUUCAGGGUUUAUGAGUUGACAUUUCAGGGUUUAUGAGUUGACAUUUCAGGGGGGUGCAAAGAAGAGGGAUUAUAAGAACAGAAGAAAACUACACUUGAAAGUUAAGAUAUAAAUGUUUAAUUAUCUUUGUAAGCCUUUCAUGAAGAUAUUAUUACUUCACGGAAGUCACUUAUUUAUUUCCAAGUUUUACGGUGCUGAUUGCAUUUCAAAAAAUAUAUCAGACGUUCACUAUUUUUUUUUUUUUUACAUUUGAAACGCACUGUUACUUUUGAAGGGUGUGCGAGACUUAGUAAAACAGUUCGUAGUGGGGCGAAACGUAUUAAAAGUUUGGGAACUACUGGUGAAAACGCUGGGAGAAGGUAGGACGUUAUGAUAUAUUUAUAAACGAGAUUUGUAGGAUGAGGACUAACUGCCAAUGCAAAGUUCAAAUUAAUUUUUAGGAUCACAUUAGUAUGGACGUCCUUAAACUGCAAACUCCUCCAUUUAUUCAAUGUGACAACGAAAGUGGAGCGACCCUAGUGUUAACCCUAACCCUAACAAACAUGCAUCAUGGCGAUGUCUUCUUUAAGGUGCUCUCGAAUAUCAAGUUCAUGGUCACGUACCACUCAAUGCGCAUGAAUCAAUUCAUAUUGGACGUUAAAUUUAUUCCAUAAUUGCAACAUGGCUCAACAUCCAUUGAACCCACUUCAAAGAAAUAAAUCCAAAUUCAAUACAUUUAAUGCGCACAGAUUUUAACAACACAAUGGUUUCUAAAUUUGUCAUUGAUAUUUUUAGAGUGCAUUAAAUUUCUAAUGGUUGCUGUUGAAGGUACUUGCCCUUGUUCAAUCCUUUGUAAUAACUUCGCUUUUUGUUCAUGUGGUUCUGGCUGGGUGGCAAAAUCUUCGGACGGCUAAUUCACCCACUACCCGUCAACCUAUCAAACUGAAACUUACGUAGACUCGUUGCCAAUGACAACACAUUAUGUCAAAUUUUCCGCCCUAACCCCUACCCCAAAAAUAAGUUUUUCCUCUUUUUUUUUUUCCCCCAAGAGGAAUAUGACGUCACUGAUG